AUGGUCUGCGCUGGCGCAAAGGCCGUCUCGGCCCUCAAGUUCGUGGGCACUUUUUCGUUGGGGUUGCUGACGGGCGUAUCGUACACCGUCUCCAACAUCACUCUCCCUGCGCUCCUGCGCCUCCCAUCAUCAGCAUCCGCCUCGCAGGCCAUCGCCUCCCUUGCCACGAGUUUGCAGACGCCACUCCUGACACUUACAUCGCUUGCUUCGGCACCCCUCUUCCUCGCCUUCAUUCUCUCGCCUCGCCGGGCUCGCCACCCGUACCUUCUGUAUACGUCCGUCCUCGCGGUUGUUUCGACCGUUAUCCCGCGUCUUCUCCCACAACCUGCUUCUCGUCCUGCUCAGCGCCAGCAGCCUAGGAAGUCAUCCCCGCGCGCUAGAAUGGAAGCCAGCUAUGAAGUCCUAGGCGACGUUCACAGCGAACCGGCAAGUGAGGAGGACAUCGAGGAUAUCAACGGGGAAGAAGUGAGAGUUGAGGUUGAGAGACUUGCCAGGGGCUACUUUGCGCGUACUGGUUUGGCUGCGCUUGCAUUUGCCAUGGCUGUGGUUGGACUUUGGGGCGAUGGAGCUCCCAAAGCUACUGUUUAUGUGGCGUGA